AUGUUUCUAGUCGACGCCUCGUCUUACUACGUGCCACCACCUUCGCUGGAGGCAGCCACGAUUGUCGAAGUGAAGGACGCGUGUGUCGGCGCAGCCGAGGAAGCCGCCACUAUUGAACAGUUCAAACGAGCACUGCUCGGACGCUACUUGCGUCAACCCCAAGUGACCACACAGACUGCCGAGUUUGUUGACAGACUGCUGGAACAGGAGUCCGUCCGUGUCGACGUCCAUUCACGGUGCAGUGCUUGCACAGCCUCGCACGACCCACCGCCAGCGCCCGUUCGAAUGCCUUUUGGCGCGCGAGUUGAAAAUGGCCUCAUUAAGGAGGAUGUAUUCGUGAGGUCCAAUCGCGGCACACGGGAGGCCUCGGCCAACUUAGCGGGAAUUUUUAACGCUCCCCUCAACUGUGGUGGCGGGUAUCCCUUUAAUUCUGCGCAUCGUUCCUAUCCACAUAUGGUCUAA